AUGCGCAUAGUACACUGAAGGCCUUGAAAAUGUCGGAUGGAGGUUAAAAUGACAAGGAAUUUGCCUACGGGAAUCUCGAACACAACACGCUAGUUUUGCUAUCUCUGUCCAGAUAUUUAAGAAGUGGAGCAAGAGAUUCACUCGAUCAUCCUUCCUGCUCAGACGGUAGGUAGGGAUUCACUCAAUCAUCUGACCAACUGACAUGCCUAUUAGUUUACAUGGGGGGAGCCCAUUCAUCUGCUCAGACAGUGGGAAUGGAUUCACUCGGUCAUCUCAACUGAAGGUACAUCAGCAAGUUCACACUGGGCAAGGCCAUUCACCUGUUCUGUGAGUGAGAAGGGAUUCAGUUGGUCUUCCCACCUGCGGACACACCAGUCAGUUCACACUGGGCAGAGGCUGGUCAUCUGAGGAAUUUGUGGAGAAGGAUUGACUCGGUCAUCUGUCCUAAUGGCUCACCAGCGAGUUCACACCGGGGAGAGGCCGUUCACCUGCUCGGACUGUGGGAAAGGAUUCACUUCCACAUAUAAGUUACUGAGACACCAGUCAGUUCACACCGGGGAGAGGCCAUUCACCUGCUCAGACUGUGGGAAGGGAUUCGCUCAGACAUCUCAACUGAAGGAACAUCAGCAAGUUCACACUGGGGAGAGGCCAUUCACCUGCUUGGACUGCGGGAUGGGAUUCAUUUCAUCAUAUAAGUUACUGAAACACCGGUCAGUUCACACCGGAGAGUGGCCGUUCACCUGCUCAGACUGCGGAAAGGGAUUCACUGAGUUACCUCAACUUCAGGUACAUCAGCGAGUUCACACCAGAGAGAGGCCAUUCACCUGCUCAAACUGUGGGAAGGGAUUCGCUCAGUCAUCUCAACUGAAGGUACAUCAGCGAGUUCACACUGGAGAGUGGCCAAUAACCUGCUCGGACUGUGGGAUAGGAUUCGCUUCGUCAUCCCAUCUGAAGAUACAUCAGCGAGUUCACACUGGUGAGAGGCCGUUCACCUGCUCAGACUGUGGGAAGGGAUUCACUUCAUCAUCCCAUCUGAAGAUACAUCAGCGAGUUCACACUGGGGAGAGGCCAUUCACCUGCUCAGACUGUGGGAAGGGAUUCAUUUCAUCAUCCCAUCUGAAGGUACAUCAGCGAGUUCACACUGGGGAGAGGCCGUUCACCUGCUCGGACUGUGGGAAAGGAUACUCUCAGUUAUCUCAACUGAAGGCACACCAGGGAGUUCACACCGGCGAGUGGCCAAUCACCUGCUCGGACUGCGGGAAGGGAUUUGCUUCGUCAUCCCAUCUGAAGAUACAUCAGCGAGUUCAUACCGGAAAGUGGCCAAUCACCUGCUCAGACUGUGGGAAGGGAUUCCCUUCGUUAUCCCAACUGAAGAUACAUCAGCGAGUUCACACUGGUGAGAGACCAUUCACCUGCUCAGACUGUGGGAAGGGAUUCACUCGAUCAUCCCAUCUGCAGAUACAUCAGCGAGUUCACACUGGUGAGAGGCCGUUCACUUGCUCAGUCUGUGGGAAGGGUUUCACUUCGUCAUCCCAACUGAAGGUACAUCAGCAAGUUCACACUGGGGAGAGGCCGUUCACUUGCUCAGAGUGUGGGAAGGGAUUCACUCGGUCAUCCCAACUACUGGCACACCAGCAAGUUCACACUGGGGAGUGGCCUUUCACCUGCUCAGAAUGUGGGAAGGGAUUCACUAAGUCAUCCACCUUACUGGUACAUCGGCGAGUUCACACUGGGGAGAAGCCGUUCACUUGCUCAGAAUGUGGGAAGGGAUUCACUCAGUCAUCCAUCCUAAAGGCACACCAGCGCCUUCACACUGGGUAGAGACCAAUAUGCUUGGACUUUGGGAAGAAAUUCUCUCAGCCAAAACAACCAGUGUGCAUCAUUGAGUUCACACUGGGGAGAGGCCGUUCAUCUGCUGUGAAUGUAGGAAGCAAUUCACUCAGUCAUCUAAUGUUAUGUAGCUUCCAGUUGUGCUGGCAGCUUAACAGAGGGGGUUAUAGCCCCCAGUCUGGCCAAACUGAAGAAUCUCGUUUGGGUGGAUACUGAGCGAUGUGUCCCCUGUGUAAUCUGCCCUUGGGGUUCAUACUCUCUGUGGACUGUCUCUUUAAAGUGCAAAGAGAACCGAGACUGACCUUGGACACGCUGUUGGAUUUCUGCAGAAGUGCUGGGUUGCUAUGGUGACCAGCUAAUGUUUAUGUUCUGUGUGGUUAAGCAAGGUCAGAAUGAUCCUUUACCAACACAGAACAAGCAAGCGACUUCUUACAGAGAAGUCUAUUAUCCCCCCUCCCCCCCAUCUUGUGAACUAAAUUGAAUCUACCACAUCAUUGUAAGACAAUGUCGUUUACCACCUUGGUUUUGGAUUUUAUAUACAGGUGGCUCCCGUUUUUCGCUUUACGACAGCUCACUGUUACGAAAGACCUACAUUAGUACCUGUUUUUGCUAACCAAAGAGGAUUUUCACUUUUACGAUAAAGAUGAUGCCUGCUUUAUACGUGAGUUUACCCCGAGAAAGACUAGGGUGACCGUGAAGCCUUGUGCGGCAGUUGUGUACGCAUGCGUGCACGUGCCGAUUUUUUUUCUCUCCAAAUCGAUUUCAGUUCACUAUCUUCCCGAUUUUCAGUGAAACUACACUGUACAUACAAUAUUUCUACUUUAUCAUUAUCACUAACUAUAGGUUAGUGUUAUUUUAGGUUUUAUGUGCUAUUUGGUAUGAUUUGGUGGGUUUUCUUUGGGUCUGGGAACAUCCAAAAUCUUUUCCCAUUUAGAUUAAUGGUAAUUGCUUCUUCACUUCAUGACAUUUCGGCUUACAAAUGGUUUCAUAGUAACACUCUAGCUUUAGAUACCGGGGGAAACCUGUAUUCACACCUAUAUAUGCAUAACAUUGCUAACCCUUGGAUUAUCUGGUUUAAGUUCACUAUUAUUAGUAGUUACCAAUAAAAUUUUGUUUGUUAACUGCAAAACUAGACUCCAAGUGUGUUUAAUUGUUGCUGGUAGUUUUAUUGGUUUGCGUCUGUGUGACACCUGAAGUAACAAAUUGUACAUAAUAUGUGAUUAAACUAUUAAGAUUUAUAAUUCUUACUUUGACCAGAGGGUUAGUAAAGAAAACAAAAAAAAAGAAAAAGGGCCCAGUCUCUCCAUUCACGUCUUCUCAUCUCUCCCCAGCAAAAGUCCAUGAAAAUCUCUCUUCCAGACUCACAAGAAAGAACAUUUCUCUCAUUGGAUAGUCCCACACUCCAAAACCCUGUUAUCUCUAGUCGUAACCUAAACAUUGCUGCUGCAGGGAAGCCAUUACCUCAGCAGUGAAACCUUACAGUGUGUUACACUUGUGACACACUACCAGGUUCAAACUGGGGAGAUAGUUUCAAUGAGCUGCAUGCUGGAUAUUUGUCCAUCACCGUUGCUGAAUGCAAUUUCGAGAGCGACUAUUGCUGCUGAAAUCUGCAAUUAUUGCUGCUGCUCACCACACCCAGUUCUGCACCCUGGUCACUGGGCAUGGGAGGUGUUUCUUCUGCUGCACAUUCACCUUUAAUGGGGCUGGAGUUUAAUAUUCUGCAUCUGUGACAAAUAAACCAGUUCUAUUAUAAACUCUGUCUUUGGUGCUUAGUGAAUUUAUAACACAACUGGUGUACUCAGGCCUGCUGAACCCGGCCAGUGAAUCUGUUCCACAUCAGUCCAUUUAAAUCCUCCCCUGUUGUUUCCCUUGAAUUCUCUGCAGACUGAAAAAGUCGAGAUGACUGCAGUUCUAAUCUCUGGGCUGAUGAAGAAUGACAUUGUUCGUUAACCUCCUUAAUCACAACUUAUUUCCACAUUAUGACUCAUUUUCGCUGCUUCUAAAGGGUUGUUGGAAACACCACUGUCCUCUAAAGACUUAAAUUGGAAUGGGAAACCAUAAGUAGGAUGUUCAAAGGAGCAGGGUCAGAAACCAGAGGCGGGUCUGCACAGGGCAGAGUUUGGGACUCUGGACGAUGGUUCUGGUAAGAA